AAAAAAAAAAACAAAAAGCAGCAAGCAGCAGGCAUUCAGUGGGUCUGGGAUUGUGGGCAGACAGAGCCAGCUCUGGGGGAAGAAAUCAGGGGAUCAGACUUACUUAUCCUGCUUUUGUCUUAGCCUGAGCCAGCCCCGACUCCUGGAUGGAUGGAUGGGAGUAGAUCUCGGUGAAUGGCCACAGUGGGCUGGAGAGCCGGAUGGAAAAAGGUAUAGUGGGAGCCCAGUACCAAAGCCAGGGCUGACAGCACCCCCCUUCUGCUGGGGGGGAGGGGCAGGUGCUGGGCUUCAGGGACAGCUGUUGAACAGAGCACAGCAUGCAAGAUGGAGAAACUGAGGAAUAAAAAGGUGACUUGUUCAAGGGCAGCAAGAUAGUCCAGACAGGACUUGAAUCCAUGAUUUUGGCCUCCGAAUCCAAGACUCUUUUUAUUUCCCAUGAUUCAAGGAACUCAAUGCAUGGGACCUUCCCCACCUAAGUGCUGACUACAGCUUCUCUCUGCCUCUUAAGAACUGCCCGAGAGGCUGCGGCCAACAAAUCCCACUUUGGGAGCCAGAUCUCUAGUGAGAAUGGCCACCGAUGACUACAACUUCAGCGAUGGCUACUAUGACUAUGAGGGUGAUGGGUUUGUGAUCGCUCCCGAAGAGUCAACCCCCAACGAUGAUGGGGUCGCCAGGAUCUUCCUGGUGGUGGUCUACAGCUUAGUCUGCAUCCUGGGACUCUUGGGAAAUGGCCUGGUCAUUGUAAUCACCACCUUCAAGAUGAAAAAAACUGUAAACACGGUCUGGUUUCUCAACCUAGCCGUGGCAGACUUUUUGUUCAACGUCUUCCUCCCGAUUCACAUCGUCAAUGCUGCCAUGGACUACCACUGGGUUUUUGGGAAGGUCAUGUGCAAGAUCAGCCACUUUGUGGUGAUCUAUAACAUGUACACCAGCGUCUUCCUUCUCACCACCAUCAGCUUUGACCGUUGCGUCUCGGUCAUCUUCCCGGUGUGGUCCCAGAACCACCGGAGCAUCCGGUUAGCCUCCAUCGCCUGUAUGGCCAUCUGGACCUUGGCCUUCUUCUUGGGUUCCCCAUUCUUGGUCUUCCGGGACACAACUGUGCAUCAAGGCAAAGUCGUCUGCUUCAACAACUUCAGCCUGUCGGCCAACGUCUCCCACCCCCACCACCCCCAUUUGGUCCAGGACUCGGUGGCGUACACGAGGCACGUGAUGGUGACCGUCACCCGGUUCCUGUGCGGAUUCAUCCUCCCUGUGUUCAUCAUCACGGUGUGCUACCUCAUCAUCGUCUGCAAGCUGAAGCGAAACAGGCUGGCUAAAUCCAAGAAGCCGUUUAAAAUCAUCAUGACCAUCAUCAUCACCUUCUUCCUCUGCUGGUGUCCUUACCAUACCUUGUACCUGCUGGAGCUCCACCACAUCUCGGUGCCAGCCUCUGUUUUCAGUCUGGGGCUGCCAUUGGCCACAGCCCUUGCCAUCUCCAACAGCUGCAUGAAUCCCAUUCUGUACGUCUUCAUGGGGCAGGACUUCAAGAAGUUCAAGGUGACCAUCUUCUCCAGGCUGGUCAACGCCUUGAGCGAGGAUACGACGGCUCACUCUUCCUUCAUGAGUCACAGGAGCAUCACUAAGAUGUCCUCGGUGAACGAGAGGUCCUCGGUGAAUGAGAGGGAAACGGGGAUGCUUUGAGGCUCACCUCAGGACCUCCUAGUGUCCCCAGAGAUGGGCACCUCCCUUUGGGUCAAGCCAGGGCAAGAACGUAUCUGCCUACCCCAUGGCCGGCAAGGUCGGUGAAUCUCUGUUAGCCGGCAGCUCAUCAGAUCUGACCCUAUGGUCCCAAGGGGAUGGACUUAAGCUCCCUGAAUCCAGAGCCAUGGCUGGCUGGCUUGCUACUUUGUCUCUCCUCUCUGUGGCUAAUAUAGUGGAAUAAAAAACUUGUCAUGAGCUGGUAAUGAUCUUAUGUCAAGAUAAAAAUGACGUGGAAAUCAUCUUUACAAGAUGGGGAACGUGACGGCAAAACCAGGACUAGAACUCAGAUCUGUCCAAGUCCUGGACAUUGCCUGCCCAUGAAUACAAUCCCCUUUGGGGGAUCAUGAAUUUUCUUUCAGUCUUAAAUGAGGAAGGGGCCAAAGAAAGAAUGAGGACAAUUCCAGAGAAAAAGCUCCACAAAACUCUAUCGUGGGAUUUGAUUGGGUGCUUUAAAUGCUUCCAGGAAAGGGUGCUUCUUCAGGCUCAUGAUGAUGAGUAUAUUGUGGACUCUUUUCUCCUUAGGAGUGAAACAGUGAUUUUAUCCCCAGCGCCGACCUAUGUAUAGGCAGCUUAACCUAUAUUAAAGGCACUAUGCUCCCCUCCUUCCCCCUCCAUCCUGCCUGAAGCACUGCCAGAUAUUUACCAAGCAGAAUGGAAGCUCCCCGAGGGCAAGGCUUGUUUCCUUUCUGUUUGCUGGGCACAGUGCCCAGCAUGUUGUCAGUGUUUAAGGAAUGUAUAUUGAAUUGAAUUAUUCCAUCAAAAACCAUAGAAUCUCAGUGGCUGAGAAAAGUAGUUAGGAGCACAGGAUUUAAAAGCAGAUAGGUACCACCAUUCAUCCAUCUAUUUUUCAUUCAACAAACUCAUCAAGUCCAACUGUCUUUUUUUUUUUUUUUACAGAUAAAAAAAUUGAGGUCCAUUGACUUCCCCCAAAGUCAUACUAGUAGUAAGUUGCAGAGCAAGGUCUUUUGAUUCCAAAUCCAAGACUUUUUUCACUAUCGAUUGCUUUAAUCCAAUCCAUUCUUUUUUUUUUUUUGCUAAGGUAUUUGGGGUUAAGUGACUUGCCCAGGGUCACACAGCUAGGAAGUGUUAAGCAUCUGAGACCAUAUUUGAAGAUUUUCUCUAUCCACUGCACCACCUGGCUGCCCCCUCCAAUCCAUCUUAAUGAAUAAACAGCUUCCUUUGUCUUUAGAAGAUCCCUAUUGAAUCAUGGAUAUGUUUCCUGGUUAGGGGAGCACCAUAAUGCAGAGGCACCCACUGGCAGCAUAGACUGAUUUCUUUUUUGUUGUUGUUGUUUGACUUUGAUUUCUUUUUCUUUUUUUUCUUUUUUUUUUGAGAGGCAAUUGGGGUUAAGUGACUUGCUCAGAGUCACACAGCUAGUUAAGUGUCUGAAGUCAGAUUUGAACUCAGGUCCUCCUGGGCUUCAGGACUUAUGCUUUAUCCAUUGUGCCAUCUAGCUGCCCCCACACAGACUGAUUUCUUAGACUGGUUUGAAAAGUAGAGAAUGCAGCUCAGAGUGACAGGAUGGUAAUGGUGGGGACACACACACUGCUGUGGGGAAAGGAAGAAGAGGGGAAAGGAAGAGAGGAGAACCUUAGGACCUAACCCCACAGAAUCGGGGUGGAGCCCCACAUUGGAGGGGGUACCUGGGCCAACUAUAUCAGAGAGUUUUGUGGUCCACACGGAGGGGGGUUGAGAGUUCUGCAGGUAUUGUGAGAGAGCAUGCACAGCAUCUUUGCCAACUCCCAACUUAGCUGUGAGCUGAUUCUGUUUCCUCUGGUCCAGAGUCCAGGAAUCUGGCCUAGCAGUGUCUUUUCCCGGGAUGAGGAGGUCACAGAACCACUGAGAUGUCAUCUUGCCCAAGCUCUGCCUCAUCGAAAAUCAUCUAUGUAUUAUUAAAGACAAAUUGCCACGUGGCCAUUGCUGGAGGAGCUUUGGGGAUGGGGUGCCCCCCAGUUCCUGAGGUCGCCCCCCCAGCUCCUGAGGUCGCCCUCUCUCCUUGUGGAGACCUAUCCCACAUCACUCAUUGACUCAACUCUCUGGCUUUCUUUUCCCCUCCCUCCCACCCCCACUUUCUGGUUUCCUGAUAUGAGUUAUCUUCUUGUUCCUUCAUUGGGUGCCUUCUAGCUUAUCUGUGUUUCUUAAAACAAGCUGCCCGGUUCUCCAGGAACCUCCCCCACCUGCCCAGAACAGAUUUACCAUUUACCUGAGGAUCUUGAGUGCGACAGCUAGAACACAGCCCCCACGUUGCCUCAAAUAACCAUUGCUCACACCCCUGCUGACUCAGUGACUUACUCCCUGCCUGACAUCUUAAAAUAACCCUGGUUCCUUUUUUUUUCCUCUUUUGGUUUCUUCAUAAUUUCAACUUGGGACUCAGACUGGUCCAAGAGAGAAAAAGCUGAAAUGUUUUGACAAGCAGGAAUAAAAAUACUAUUAAGAAUAAUCCACCAAGAAGUGGCAGUUGCUCCAGGAAAAGGGAUUGUAGAUUCAUAGUGAAAAGGAACUUCCGAAGCUGUUUAGCCCAAUCCUCUCAUUUUACAGAUGAGGAAACUGAGACCUAUGGAAGUGACUUUCCUAAGGUCACACAGUAAGAAUCUUUCUCAAGAGGAAUCAGUGACAUAUUGCUCUUUCCCUGGGCUCAAAAAUUGGCUAUCACUAAUUUACCCCAAUAUUUUGUGCGCAGAAUCAAGAGAACAAAAGGAAGCCUUUUCAUCCCUUUGGAGGUACCUCUUGUUUCUGUUUAACAAGAGGACAUGGAUGAGAGUCUCAUAGGAUGAGCAGCCAUGGGUGGGUCGCUAUCUUCAUAAGGGGAGGGAUUACGUAUAUUACUGAGUAUUGGAAUGGUCAUUGUUUGAAAGACUCAGAGAUGACUGAAAAUACAGAAAUUCUCUAAUCCAAUUUUCUUCAUUUUAUGAAUAAGGAAAUGGAAGCCUAGAAAGAACUGACCUAUUCAAGGUUACAUGAUUAGUUAGUUGAGCUGGGAAUCCAACCAAGGUGUUCUGACUGCUAAUGACAAUCAUAGAAGGAAAACUCCCCCCAUCCCCUCUGGGGAUCAUAGAGACCACAUUAUUGCCAGGGAGAACAAGAAAAUUGUCUACUUUUUAAUAAUAAAUCAUGAUUGUUCAUCAACCCCAAA